UGCUCGGCGACGUGCGGGGAGGCCACUCAGCACCGAAGUGUCCUCUGCACCAACAACACCAGCAUCCCCUGUGAUGAGGCCCAGCGGCCGGCCCGCAGGGCAGCCUGCUCCCUGCCGCCCUGUCCCCGCGCCCUGGACCCCGAGGGCUCAGGCAGCGGCUCCUCCAGCCGCGAGCUCUUCAACGAGAUUGACUUCAUCCCCCCGCGCCUGGCCCCACAGCCUCUGCCCCCCUCGUCACCUGAGCUGGCCGGCAUGGGCAAUGCCAUUGAGGAGGACCCUGAGCUGGGCCCGCCGGGGCCUGUGUUUGUUGACGAUUUCUACUACGACUACAAUUUCAUUAACUUCCACGAGGACCUGUCCUACGGGCCCUUCGAGGAGCCCGACCCAGACCUGCCGGGCGCAGGGGACUGGAUGCCCCCACCCCUGAGCGGUCCUGCUGAGCCCCCCACAGGCACCCCCCUGCCAGCCUCAGAGCCUCCUGGCACUGAAAAGGAGGUGGCCCUGGGAGACGGGUCCCCUGCCCCUUGGCCCAGCCGGGCUGGCCUCUCUCCGGCCCUGCCCUCGGAGCAGGCCCCUGGGAACCCCCUGGUCAAUUUCUUACCAGAGGAAGAUGCCCCUGCCGGGGCCCCAGACUUGGGGCUCCCCAGCUGGCCCUGGUCCCCUGCUUCAGUCGGGGGCAUGGAGACACCUGCUGCCCCUGGGAGCCAAAACAGGCUCCCGGGAGGGGGAACCAGCCAGAGCCGGCCGCCCCCUCCGCGCUGGCAGGGGGCCAACGAGCUCUCCGAGGACGAGGAGGAAGCCUUAGACCGCAGAGCAACCGGCCUGCCUCAAGGACCCCGCCCCACGUUGCCCCCUUUGCCCUCCCUCAGCACCAGCCGCGCACCCCCCAGUCCUGACGCAGGAGAUCCGUGGACGGCGGGGACUGUGGCCUGGGAACCUGCUCUGGAAGGUGGCCUGGGCCCUGUGGACGCUGAGCUGUGGCCCCCAGUCGGGGGAGCUCCUUCCCCCCCUCCUCCCCCAGAUGCUCUGCCAGUGACCUGGGGUGGGGACAGCCCCCCGGAACUGGGCACUCCCACCCCUGCAGCCCCGUGGGACCUGCAGACCGCGGCCGUGCCAGGAACCUUCCUUCGGAUGGGCCCCCCUGGCUUCGAGCACAUGUUUCGGGAACCGGGCCCGGGACCUGUGGGCCAGCGGGGAGCCCCCGGCUCGGAGGUGCCCCCGAGCCCCGCGCCGCUGCCCACACCAGCUCGGGACGGUUCAGCCAACAGCAGCAGAGUCCCUGAGGCCCAGCCUCUGGAGCCCGGCCUGGCCAAGGACCUGCCACCUGCUGGGAAUGCCACCUGGGAGGUGGGCAGCUGGAGUGAGUGCUCCACCACCUGCGGGCUGGGUGCCGUGUGGAGGCCCGUGCACUGCAGCUCAGGCCGGGAGGAGGACUGCGUGCCCGCCGGCCGGCCCCAACCCGCCCGCCGCUGCCAUCUGAGGCCCUGCGCCGCCUGGCACACGGGCAACUGGAGUAAGUGCUCCCGCAGCUGUGGGGGAGGGUCCUCCGUGCGGGACGUGCAGUGCGUGGACACACAGGACCUCCGGCCGCUGCGGCCCUUCCACUGCCAGCCGGGGCCUGCCAUGCCACCCACCCGCCGUCCCUGCGGGGUGCAGCCCUGCCUCAGCUGGUACAUCUCUUCCUGGAGGGAGUGCUCUGAGGCUUGCGGUGGGGGCGAGCAGCACCGUCUGGUGACCUGCCCGGAGCCGGGUCUCUGUGAGGAGGCGCUGAAACCCAACAGCACGCGGCCCUGCAACACGCACCCCUGUACGCAGUGGGUGGUGGGGCCCUGGAGCCAGUGCUCAGCCCCCUGCGGUGGGGGCGUGCAGCGGCGCCUGGUCCGGUGCGUCAACACCCAGACGGGGCUGCCCGAGGGAGCCAGCGAGCAGUGCAGCCACGAGGCCUGGCCCGAGAGCUCCCGGCCGUGCGGCACCCAGGACUGCGAGCUCGAGGCGCCACGCUGUGAGCGGGACCGCCUGCCCUUCGGCUUCUGUGAGACCCUGCGUCUGCUGGGCCGAUGCCAGUUGCCUGCCGUCCACACCCAGUGCUGCCGCUCCUGCCCCCCUCUGGGCCACGGAGCCCCCUCCCGCGGCCAUCAGCGCAUCGCCCGCCGCUGAGCCACCCCAGCCGGGCCAGGCUGCAUGGGUCCGCUGACCCACCCCACCCGGACACACGGACCUCACGCCCGACUGCGGGCUGCACCCCGAAGGUGCUAACCUGGCCUGCUGGUGGCGGGCUGGGGCCCCCUCCCCUAAGAAAAGGUAUUUUUUUAUUUCAAUGGUUUGCAUAACCUUUAUUAUUAUUAUACAUAAAUGAGCACCUACAGUUUCAACGUGCA